AUGUCCUGCUACACCCAGUGUGUGCCAUGCCGGCCCUGCGGCCCGACCCCUCUGGCCAGCAGCUGCAAUGAGCCCUGUGUCAGGCAGUGCCAGAGCUCUAAUGUUGUCAUUGAGCCCUCUCCCGUGGUGGUGACCCUGUCUGGACCCAUCCUCAGCUCCUUCCCACAGAACACCGUUGUGGGCUCCUCCACCUCCGCUGCUGUUGGCCGCAUCCUCAGCUCUGAGGGCGUGCCCAUCACCUCGGGGGGCUUUGACUUGUCCGGCUUGGGCAGCCGCUCCUGUGGCAGAAGGUGCCCGCCCUGCUGA